CAGCCUUCAGUGAGUAGCGCUGAACGUAGGUUCGUGUUUUGUCCAGCGUCGGGAGACGAAGUCGACUCGCAGAUCCGGUCCCACCAGACAUGGCCGACCAGCUAACGGAAGAGCAGAUAGCUGAAUUCAAGGAGGCCUUCUCCUUGUUUGACAAGGAUGGCGACGGCACCAUCACGACCAAGGAGCUGGGCACAGUCAUGAGGUCACUGGGCCAGAACCCCACAGAGGCCGAGCUGCAGGACAUGAUCAACGAGGUGGAUGCAGACGGAAACGGGACCAUCGACUUUCCUGAGUUCCUGACCAUGAUGGCCAGGAAGAUGAAGGACACCGAUAGUGAGGAGGAGAUUCGUGAGGCCUUCCGUGUUUUUGACAAGGACGGGAACGGCUACAUCAGCGCGGCUGAGCUUCGCCACGUCAUGACCAACCUGGGAGAGAAGCUGACGGACGAGGAAGUGGACGAGAUGAUCAGGGAAGCGGACAUCGACGGGGACGGGCAGGUCAAUUACGAAGAGUUUGUACAAAUGAUGACGGCAAAAUGAAGCCCUCCUGGUUCUUCCUCAUCCCUUUAGAAGAAAGAAAAAGAAAAAAAAAAAAAACGUUUUACUAAUCUCUUGCAAAGAUAUUCAUUUACUCAUCCUGUUUCUGUAUAGACACCACCUGAAUGUUCGAAGUCCUUCUGUCAGAAAAGCUGAACAUGUGCAUGGAUAGUGGUUUCGUCCCUCAAGCUCAGACUCGCACCCAGCCUGACAGGAACACACCUGUACCACUGCUGACCCAACAGGAAGUGCUGAAGCACCGUGUGGCUCCAUCCGCUUGCCGCAGUGUCUGGGCUGGCCGUUCCCCCCCCCCCCCCCUCCCCCCUCCUCCUGCAUGCAGCUUAAGGAUGGCGCUUUUCCGGCGGAUCGCGAUGUUCUGGCGGCGCCGUGCCGCCCUGCCCCACCGACGGGCCAGAGCGGGGUGCUCAGACUGGGGAAACGGGCUGCCGUUGCCUCCCAAUGGGACCGGGACCAGGAGGCGUGAUGAAUCUGGUCGUUUACAAACCACGUUCGGUGAUGCCGGGCUUGUGGGAUUGGUUUCCUUGCGGCAGGUGGCACUAGGGUGGAAGGAAGGGGCAUCAGGUGGCCUCUGAGUCAGAGGAAGAGCAUUCUCCUUUCGAGGAAACCUCAGCCGUUUAACAGGAGCGUCUGUGUUCAUGGGUAUCGGCACAAGCUGUCCGUCUGAUUUUCAGUUUACAUCCAUUCCAAGUUGUACAUGCUGGUCUUUUGAUUUUAUUUUUUUUCCAAUAAAAGUCCAUGACCUCA